AUGCUGGGGGAGCUCCUCUUGACUAGGCUACAGUCUCUCCUGGCUGUGUGUCUUCUCUUCACCCUAGAACAUGGCAUGGUGAGCUGUGACACUGUGGUGAACAUGCGUAAAGUGACCCAUCAGAGGGUCCAGGAGCCUCUGUCGGGUACAGCCCUUCUGCCUUGUGUCUUCACUCUGCACCCAAGUCCUUCUAAUGAACCUCCCCGCAUCAAGUGGACCAAACUGUGGGGCCAACAAGGGCCAUAUGGUCUACAGAAACAACAAUCAAUUCUGGUGGCUAAAGACAAUAUAAUAAAGGUGAAGAAAGCGUUCCAGGGCCGCGUCACCUUGCCGGGGUACCCCGAGAACCGCUACAAUGCCAGCUUGGCACUGACAGGCCUACGAUCCAGCGACUCAGGAAUGUACCGUUGUGAGGUUGUGGUCGGCAUUAAUGAUGAACAAGAUACGGUGCCCCUCCAGGUCACAGGGGUGGUCUUCCACUACCGCGCACCUCACGACCGCUACGCACUCUCCUUCAUUGAUGCCAAGAGAGUCUGCCUGGAGAACUCCGCCAUGAUUGCCACACCUGCCCAGCUGCAGGCCACAUUUGAUGACGGCUAUGACAACUGUGAUGCCGGCUGGCUCUCGGACCAGACUGUGAGGUAUCCCAUCCAGUCUCCACGGCCUGGCUGCUAUGGUGACAGGGACGACUCACCUGGCGUGAGAAACUACGGCAGCAGAGACCUCGAUGAAAUGUUUGACGUGUACUGCUUUGCUGACAACUUGCAAGGUGAGGUAUUCCACUCAAGUGUGCAAGAGAAGCUGAGCCUGGCAUCGGCCUCCACUCACUGCCACACUCUGGGUGCUCAGCUGGCCACAGUUGGGCAGCUCUACCUAGCCUGGCAGGGUGGCCUAGACCGCUGCGACCCCGGAUGGCUGACCGAUGGCAGUGUGCGUUACCCUAUCAACCUGCCCCGGCGUAACUGCGGAGGAGAUGAACCAGGAGUGCGGACCGUUUACCACAACCCCAACCGUACCGGCUUCCCUGACACUACCAAUCUCUUUGACGCAUACUGUUACCAAGAGAGGAAUGCUGAUGCAGUGAUACUCCACCAGACUCUAGAAACCUCUAAUUUAAACUCUUCAAGUGAUGAAGAGGUCCAGCUCCAAAGAAAUGGAGCCUUCCCUGAACCUUCUACCUGGACCGGUCUGGUUGAUCUUGAGAAGGAAGAUUUCAAAUCCAUCAUAAACAACGAAUCUUCAGAAAUCUCAGAGGAGCAUGUUGUAAUCCACCUUAGGCCUGAAGAUAGGUCUGUAAACUGGGAAGAUGACGGCUCCAAAGAUACUUUGGAUAAACAAGAGAAACUUCAAGGGGGCUCAGCAAGAGAGGAAACCGAUGAGAGAGAUGAAACAGAGGAUCCUAAGGCAACUUCUGACCCCUCCUUGACCACGCCAUCCUCCUCCACACAAGAUCAGACCAGCAACAGCAUGAUUUCCAACUUUGUGAACUCAAUCCUAAAGCCCUUGAGGUACUGGACUGGGAUUGGAGAGACUGAGAUACCAGCCACAGAGUCCAGCCUCUACAGAGGAACCUCAGAAAUGGUCCCAUCAGCCAGGACAAAGCCAAGCAGAGGGAAAGCAAACAAAGGAGGUGCUGAUAAUGCCAUAUUGGAGCCUAAUACUAAGGAACUUUCAUACAUCCCCUCCACAUCAAAUCCAGAGGAAGGCCUCUUGGAACAGCAGAAAGAGGUGGUCUUUGUGGCUGCACAGCAGGAGCUACAGAGUCCAAACAAAUCCCAAAUGGAACAUCCAAAUUCACAGACCGAUAGCUUAACCGGUCCAUCCAGAGGAAUGAUUGGAUCAGGCGCAGUAGAUCCCACUGUUUCCUCAAGUCCCUUGGCAUCUAAGAGCAACUUCGGCUCUGCAUCAGUGCAGAGCAGCCAACAACUCUCGGCACCAAAGUCCUUGAAAGGCUCAAAGUUUGGCUCCCCAGGCAAUAAUGGGCACUUUAUAACUCAAACCAGUGGUCCUAUGGAAGCCAAAAAGGGAGGCUUGGAGAUCAUGACCAUCCCCAUCUCCAGGAACAACCCUGAAAACUUCUCAGGGGAAGGGAAAGACUUGAACGAGGACAGUUACCCGCUUCUAAAAGGCCUUGCAAUACAUUUAUCUUCAGAGGAUGAAAAAGAAACAGAGGGAAGUGGCGGAAAUGAUUCGCCAUUCACCGCUGAUGACCAACUGAAAGAAACUGACCAUUCCAGUGACCAAAGUGUACCUCUGGAGGUGGUCAAAUGGCAGCUAAUGAGUCUCCAGACAGCUCAACCUUCUCUUGGAUCCAGUUCCUCUGAACCCAAGGAACCAGAUAGCAUGGCUGAGGAGGCCAGGGGAGAGAUUGUGUAUGUCCAUCGGCCCAAUGAAAAACACAAAAACAGUCUGUCAAACAAAGUAAAGGUGCCUUUCGUCGAAAGGAAGCAAAGCACAAAUUUGACCAGCGCACCUAAAAUAAAAAUUUCUAGCAUGGGUACCACACCAAGCCCUGUCACAAGAGCUCCCGAUUCAAUUCACAGUGAACUGGCUAUCACGUCAACCAUUGGGAACACCCAUUCCCAAUUAGGAGAUGCCACCAAUACUGAAGAUAUUUUGUGUACUACAGAUCCAUCCAUUUCUAGCACAUGGCUACCGGUGGUUCAAGAGGAAGUGGAUACGCCAAUGGCACCUGUUCCUAUCACAAUAGUGACCGAACCUGGACCUCAGGUUACGCAAAAUACAGUUCAGCCAACAAGUGUAGAUCAUAAGGACACUUCGCAUAAGGCUGAGUCCAGGUCAGGAGUGUCAGAGUCAUUUCUGUUGGCUCGUGGCUGGACAAUUUCUUCCAAACACAUUUCUACGGAGGAUCCAUCGUCCCAGACCACAGGAAGCCCAGAGAAAGAUAUUGCAAACAAAACUGUCACUGGCUGGGAAAAUAGCCCCUCCAAAACAUCAGUCAAGGAUGAUCCCUGCCAGACCAACCCGUGCCUGCAUGGUGGGAGCUGUCUGACUGAGGGAGAAGGCUAUAGUUGUCUUUGCCCUCAGGGCUAUUCUGGAGAGAGCUGUGAGAUCGAUAUUGAUGAUUGCCAGUCUAAUCCGUGUCAGAACGGAGGCACCUGUAUUGACGAGAUCAACUCCUUUGUAUGCCUGUGUUUGGCCAGCUAUAGCGGAGCCACAUGUGAGAAAGACACUGAGGGUUGCGAGCACAGUUGGAGAAAAUUCCACGGUCAUUGCUACAGGUACUUCACCCGCAGACACAUUUGGGAGGAUGCCGAGAAGGACUGCAGAGAGCACAGCGGUCACCUGGCCAGCAUCCAUUCCACACAAGAGCAGGACUUCAUUAACGGUAUGAGUCAUGAGAACACGUGGAUUGGUCUAAAUGACAGGAUGGUGGAAGAUGACUUCCAGUGGACUGACAACAUGGAUCUGCAAUAUGAGAACUGGAGGGAGAACCAGCCGGAUAAUUUCUUUGCGGGCGGAGAGGACUGCGUGGUGAUGAUCGCCCAUGAGAACAGCAAAUGGAACGAUGUGCCCUGCAACUACAACCUGCCCUACAUCUGCAAGAAAGGCACAGUACUGUGUGGACCUCCACCGAACGUGGACAAUGCUUUCCUAAUUGGUCGGAAGCGUUCACACUACGACAUACACUCUGUGGUACGUUACCAGUGCGCUGAUGGUUUCCUCCAGCGCCACAUCCCCACCAGCAAGUGUCAUGCCAAUGGCAAAUGGGACCGACCCAAGAUCGUCUGUACAAAGUCACGAAGAUCUCACCGCUACAGACGCCAUCACCACAAGUCCCAUCAUGAGCGCAGAAGGCACAAGAGGCAUGGUUCAGGAGGUCAUCGAAGUCAACAGGAGGGUCACGGCCAUUUCUAACCAAAUAAUCCCCUUGCCCAUACCUGUAAAUCAAAAUAUCCUUUUCCAACAGCCCAAACCUCCUUAUCUUUGAUAUCCAACAGCCUUUCACCUUUCCCCCUUACUUCUGGAUCAGUCUACCCCCACUAUGAUCAGAGGGGUGCUGCUGGACCUCACAAGGACUAUGACUAUUUCACUCAUUCAUUCUCUUUAUCUGUUAAAGUUGCUCCUCAUUUUCGUGGAUCCUUUAUAAGCCCACAGAAGAAAGUUAUUUCGUACCUUCAAUGUAGAAAACACUCUAGGUAACUGUUUAUGUAUUUUUUACAUAAGCAUUAUAAGAGAGGGUGGGUUGGUUCAAAAUGUAAAUAAUGUAUUUCAUUUCAAAAUGCCGGACCAAAUCAAAAUGAUCGAGGAAUACUUUUCAUGUUGUUUACUAUGGAUUUGCUCAGCUUUUGAGAGUAUUUCUUGACUGUUUUGAUGUUGGUUUACUCUUUUUAAGACAUUACCCUGAUUUAUACAGUAUUUCUGCGUAUCUUUGAUGUGUUUUUGGUUGAGAGGAGUGGUGCUUAUCCUGAUUUUGAAAAACUGGAUAACAUUUUUUUUUCUAAAUAUUUAAAAAGGGAUAGUGCAUCCAAAAAUCCCUCAUACCCUCAUGUUGAUUCCAAACCUUUGUUUUCCUUUAUUUCAUGGAGCACAAAAGGAAAUGUUAAGUAGAAUAGUUACAUUUCUCUUUUCUAAACCAUGAAUGUACAUAAGGACGGAUGCCGUAAAGCUCCAAAAACGACUGUAAAAGCCCUAUAAAAGUGCCAUAAAAUUAGUCCAUAUAACUUGUGUGUUAUAUUCCAAGUCUUCUGAAGCUUUGUGUGAGGAACAGACUGAAAUUGAUGUCGUUCUUCACAGAAAACCUUGCCAUGUAAAAUUGAAAGAAGCUGCUUGGACAUUCUGCUGUGUUCCAUGGAAGAAAAAAAAGAUCAUACAUGUUUGGAACGACAUAGGGAUGAGUAAAUGAUGACAGAAUUUUCUCUUUUAUGUUGAACCAUCCCUUCAAAAUCAUUCACCACAUUAGAACAGUGUCUGCAAAUAAUAUACUCAGUUGUCUCUCAGUUGGCCCCAAUUCUAGUGAACAGCCUUUAUCAAGCAGACAGUUAGCCAUUACUGUUGUCACACAGAUUUCAACCAUUGAGCACUGAAAGUUUUUUUUCAUUGACUUUGAGUGACUUGACAAGAAUUAGUUAGAUAAAAAGUGUCACUGUAAAAUCCCUUGUUACUAGUGGUCCCUGUGUCUGUUAUCAAUGGUCUUUGUCAUGAUCUCCCACUUUCUCACUCACAGAGGAGAAAUUGUCCCGUCGGGCCUUGUCAGCGAGAGAGUGGAAAGUGAGAAAGAAUAAGAGGAUGGAAUGAGAGAGACUCUCUGGUCCUAAUUGCACUCAGCUACAUACAGUAAAUGCCACAUCAAACAGGGCAAGUGACAAGGUACUCUUAACAGCCUUGGGGUCGCACGCUAUGCCCAUAAUUAGCUUCUCAAAGUAGCACACUAAAGGAAGAAAUUAAAGAGGGGUGGAUGUCCAUGGGUGGAACAAGUAAGAAAGAAAGGAAGAAAAGUGAUUGAACAAAUGAAAGAAAGAAGAGGAAAAAGAAAGAAAGAACUAAACUAACAAAAUAUUGCAUGAAUGAUAAAAGACAGAGAGAGAAAGCCAAGCGGAUAAAAGACAUGAAUGGAAAGAAAGAGAACGAACUAACAAACUUUCGAACAAAAGAAAGAAGGAACUAACAAACAAAUGAACUACUGAAAGAAAGGGUAAGUGAACGAAAAAGAAAGAACAAACAAAUUAUCGGAUGAAAGAAAUAACAAACAAACUAUCUAACAAAAGAAUAAACGUAAGGGGGCCUGGGUAGCUCAGCAAGUAAAGACAAUGACUACCACUCCUGGAGUCGCAAGUUCGAAUCCAGGGUGUGCUGAGUGACUCCAGUCAGGCUUCCUAAGCAACCAAAUAGGCCCGGUUGCUAGGGUGGGUAGAGUCACGUUGGGUUAACCUCCUCGUGGUCGCUAUAAUGUGGCUCUCGCUCUCAGUGGGACGCAUGGUGUGUUGUGCAUGGAUGCCGCGGAGAAUAGCAUGAAGCCUCCACACGCGCUAGGUCUCUGCGGUAACGCGCUCUACAAGCCACGUGAUAAGAUGCGUGGAUUGACGGUCUCAGACGCGGAGGCAACUGAGAUUCAUCCUCCGCCACCCGGAUUGAGGAGAGUCACUACGCCACCACGAGGACUUAGAGCGCAUUGGGAAUUGGGCAUGCCAAAAAAUUGGGGAGAAAAGGGGAGAAAAUCAACAAAAAAAAAAAAGAAUUAACGAACUAUCAAACGAUACUCGAACAAAUUAUCUGAAGAAAGAAUGAACAAACAAAUUAACAAAUUAUUAAACAAAAGAAAAACUAACUUUCAAAUGAAAGAAUGAAUGAACAAACUAUCAAAAGAAAGAAUUAACAAAUUAUCAAAAGAAAGAAAGAACCAACUAACAAACAAUCGGACAAAUGAAAGAAAGAAAGAGCAAAUGAACAAACUACUGAAAGAACGAGAACGAAAGGGCAAGCAUGAACGAAUUUGUGAAAGAUGAGAAAGGAAAGAAAGAGAAUAAACUAACAAAAUAUCAAAUGUACAAAAGAAAAAGAAAGAAAGAACAAAUUAACUAACUGAAUGAAAGAAAUAACAAACUAUCGAAUGAAAGAAUGAACAAACUGUCCAAAGAAAAAAGAACAAACGAAUUAAACUAUUGAAUGAAAAAAGAAAUGAACUAUCAAACGAAAUGAACAAACUAUUGAAAGAAAGAACAAAUGAAUGAACAAUCUAUCAAACAAAAGACAGAACGUAACUUUCAAAUGUAAGAAUGAAUGAACAAACAAUUAGACCAAAAUGUGAACAAACUAAAUCAACUUUUACACAAACGAAAGAACAAAUAAAUUAACUAUCAAAAUAAAGAAAAAGAACGAAAAGGCAAGCAUAUAGGAAUAAAAGAUUGAUGAGAAAGGAAAGAAAGAGAACAAACUAACAAUCUAUCAAAUGUAUGAAAGAAAGAACAAACUAUCAAACAAAAGAAUCACUGAUCUUAUGAAAGACUAAACAAACUAUCAAAAGAAAGAUCAAACUAUCGAACAAAAGACAGAAACAAACUAUCAAAUGUAAGAACAAAUGAAAGAACUAUCAAACUAAAGAAAGAAUGAACAUAUGAAAGUAUGAACAAAUUAUAGAAAGAAAGAAAGAACGAAAGAAAGAAAGAAAAGCUCAUCCAGAUGGUGCACAAUUAUUUACAGGUCAGAUGUUGGAAGUGCUCAUGGGUAAAUUUCAUAGGCAAUUUUACCUCCAGCACUGAAGAUCAUGAGGUUAAACAGGAGAAGCUCAUAUUGAACACAGUCCAUUUGAGAUGCAGGUUUUGGCCUUCUGUUCCCCUUAGAGUGGAGAAUGUGGUCUGGUCUCACUGCGGUUUCAAAACACUUUUCUUUCGUACCAGGUGCAUGUCCUUUUUUUCAAAGAGUACAGUGACAGCAGACUCAAAUGAGUACUGCUCUUUAUUCUACUUAUUCUCUACUCUUUCAGCUAACCUCCUUACCUUAAAAGGGGCCAACCCUGUACUUUAUUAUGCAUUUGUCUAACGCAAAGGUUUGUGUUUAUCUCUCGCUGCCCCUCUUUCAAUGUCCAGUGUCAGCUCAAGACAGCGAAGUCUAUUUUAAGGACCAUUCAGAUGUUUUAUUACAAAAAAGAUAUAUUUUUAAAGUAAAAUGUUACUGUAAUACAAUGUUUGUUUUAUUUAAAUAAUUAAUUAAUAAUAUAAUGAUUUUUCGCAUUACCGUAAUGAGAUUUUUUGUUCAUUACAGUGAUGAGAAUUUUCUUCAGCAAAAUACAAUUUCAAAUUUUUUUAUUAUUAUUUUGGGGUGAAAUAUGACCUGGACAUGUUCUUGACAGGUUUUGUGAGAUUCAUCCUAAUGUCCACCCCUGACUUGCAUCAAAACUAAUACCAGUGCUGUGCAAUUUUUCUAUCAAGAUUGGAGUCUCAGACUGAUUCUCAAUAUCGUAAUAGUCCAUAUUAGCUGCUAAUAUACCUCUAAAUCACACUAAUAGCUCUUUACAGUCCUCAGCAAAGGCUGGUGAAGGAAGGCAGAUGGCUAACAAUGUGGCAACUUAAUUGCAAGCCUUGAUUAUGAAAAUGAACCUCUAAACAGAGGUUGUUCACAGCUUCCUUUUGGCAGGCUUUCUAUAGAACUGUGAGUGGCAGCUGCGGGGUUGUCUUGUGGCAAGUUUUCUGACUAAUUGCCACAGAACAAUUGCCAUCCUUGAGGUUGUUAAGCCAGCUGCAACACCCCUUUGCAUUUACAAUUGUGGAACAUACAGUACACUUACAUUUUAAAUGUUAAAUUUAAGUCAGACUAAAACAAUAAUUUGUCUUCUUAAAACAUCAUUUAAAUGGCUUUAGUCCGAAAGAAAUUGUACCAGUCGGAUAUUUGCGUAGUCGGACUAACAGACCUAGAUAAUGCGAUUAUAGCUCGGCUAACAAACUAUCAAACAAAAGAAAGAACGGGGCCUGGGUAGCUCAGUGAUAAAAUACGCUGGCUACCACCCCUGGAGUUCGGUAGAUCGCUAGUUUGAAUCCCAGGGUGUGCUGAGUGACUCCAGCAACCAAAUUGGCCCGGUUGCUAGGGAGGGUAGAGUCACAUGGGGUAACCUCCUCGUGGUCGCUAUAAUGUGGUUUGUUCUCGGUGGGGCGCGUGGUGAAUUGAGCAUGGUUGCCGCGGUGGAUGGCGUGAAGCCUCCACACGCGCUAUGUCUCCGUGGCAACGCGCUCAACAAGCCACCUGAUAAGAUGCGUGGGUUGACUGUCUCAGACGCGGAGGCAACUGGGAUUCGUCCUCCACCACCCGGACUGAGGCGAAUCACUAUGUGACCACGAGGACUUAGAGCGCAUUGGGAAUUGGGCAUUCCAAAUUGGGAGAAAAAGGGGGAAAAUCCCAAAAAACAAAAAAAACAAAAAACAAAAGAAAGAACGAAUGAAUGAACUACUGAACAAAAUAAAAAAUGAAACUACCAAACGAAAGAACAACUAUUAAACAAAAGAAUAAACAAACUAUCAAGAAAGAAAAAAAAAA